AUGGUUCAAUCAGACAAAAUCCCUUUCUCGGAAGUCUUUCCAUGGGCCACCUUCCGCCGACAGGCAAAGGCGGACCUUGCACCACCUACGACGAGCUUCGAAGGAAAGACAGUCCUCCUAGUUGGCGCCACCGGCGCAAUCCUUUCAGAAGCGGCCCGCAUUAUUACCAGCCUCAGUGUCUCAACUCUCAUUUUGGCAGUCCGAAAUGUCGCAAAGGGCGAAUCCUUGGCUGAUGAAAUGAGGAAAGUCGAAGAGGGCUCUCGCCAACAGCCAAAAAUCACGGUGAUGGAAGUAGACCUCUUAUCCUUUGAUAGUGUUCAGACUUUUGCGGCCAGAAUCAACGAUUUACAGAACCGUAUCGAUGUGGUGGUCAUGGGUUCUGCUAUCAUGAAUGAUGAGACCAGAGUGACGGCAGAUGGCUGGGAAGAGACACUGCAACUGAUUCAUGUUUCAUCGGCGCUCCUGAUUUUACUCCUCUUUCCCAAAAUGCUAGCCGAUGGAGAAACUCAACCAGUGGUGCUCUGCAGUCUCACCAGCGCAGCAAUCCGCUCCGCAGCCCCGAUGGUCGAGCUCCCAGAUGAUGCUGAAGACUGCUACCUUGAGCAGGUCAGUAAUGUCAAAGACGCCGCUACACAGAAGAGCUACCAGUAUGGGCUUGCAAAGAUCAUUCACGCAUGCUGGAUCAGGGAGCUCUGCGCACGCCAUCUUACCGGCAGUAAUCCGAGGAUUCACGUUCACCAGCUGGAUCCGGGUGCCUGUUUCACGCCACUCAGCUCACAAGUUUUGAUCGGUCGGCUGCUGCUUUGGUUCAUUGGUCGACCCGUAGAGAUGUGUGCACGGACUGUGGUGAAUUCAUGCCUACCACUGAUAGGAUCGCAUGGGAAGUUGCUGGUUGAUUACGAUGUUGCUCCGUAA